GAGUCCGGGUGCCGCCGUUUACACUUCUGAGCGCCUUUAGGAAGCACAGGGCAGGGGUGAGUGUGUGCCGCGAAGCCGGAGGAGGGAUAGCAGGCAGGCCCAGCUUAUGCGCCAGCCCAGUGACAUACACAGAAGCCUAACUCAGGCUGAUGAUGGUGCAUUCGGGCGCGCACGUGUGUAUAGACCCACCAGCUUGUCUAUAUGCUGUGUGGGCACCUGUCCUGUAAGUGGCUCCGGGCGUGGCUGCUCCUCGGACGUUCAGUUCCUGUAAGAUUUAUCUCUAGGGGCCUACCUUCCCCAAGCUGUAGAGGGGAGCAUAAGAAGUUUAACGGAGCCCGGACUGAGCAGACUAACAGCGGCAGGGCCGGAGAGGGUGGGGUGUUGGUGGGGUAGGGAACCACCUAUUUGCCCCAUUUCCCAGGCAGAAAGGCCUUUGGGAAAGACUGGAGUGACAAAGGUGGCCCUGAAAUGCCUAGAGAGCCCUGGCGAUGAUGAUCACUGAAUGAGUGGCACUCGACUGAGCUUGGGCAGUUUGUUGACUGACAGAGGGAUGCUAGCAGUUAGGAAGAUAAGGAGGAAACUCGGGAUGGGGACCAUCUGUUCCCCCAACCCCAGCGGGACAAAGACAUCAUCGGAGGUCUGCAAUGCCGACUGGAUGGCCUCGCUGCCCCCUCACCUCCACAACGUCCCCCUUUCCAGUUUGGCAAUCCCAGGCUCUCACGAUUCAUUCAGCUACUGGGUAGACGAAAAGUCCCCCGUGGGGCCCGACCAAACUCCAGCUGUCAAACGCCUGGCCAGAAUCUCCUUGGUGAAGAAGCUAAUGAAGAAAUGGUCUGUGACUCAGAACCUGACAUUCCGAGAGCAGCUAGAAGCCGGGAUCCGCUACUUCGACCUGCGUGUGUCCUCCAAGCCAGGGGAUGCCGACCAGGAAAUCUACUUCAUUCAUGGGCUUUUUGGCAUCAAGGUCUGGGAUGGACUGAUGGAGAUUGACUCCUUUCUCACACAGCACCCCCGAGAGAUUGUCUUCCUGGAUUUCAACCACUUCUACGCCAUGGAUGAGGCCCAUCACAAUCGCCUAGCUCUCCAGAUGCAGGAGGCUUUUGGAAACAAGCUGUGCUCAGCCUGCGAUGUGGAGAGUCUGACGCUGCAGCUUCUGUGGGAGAAGAAAGGCCAGGUCCUCAUUUUCUAUCACUGUCCCUUCUACAAGCAAUACCCCUUCUUGUGGCCGGGAAAGAAGAUCCCAGCGCCCUGGGCCAAUACCACAAGUGUGCACAAACUAAUCCUCUUCUUGGAGACCACUCUGAGUGAGCGGGCCUCUCGUGGUGCCUUCCACGUCUCCCAAGCGAUUCUCACCCCCAGAGUGAAGACCAUCGCCAGAGGCCUGGUUGGCGGCCUCAAGAACACACUGGUUCACAGGAAUCUUCCUGCCAUCCUAGACUGGGUAAAAACUCAGAAACCUGGAGCCAUGGGUGUCAACAUCAUCACAUCUGACUUCGUGGAUCUGGUGGACUUUGCCACGACUGUCAUUGAAUUGAAUGACCUCCUGCAGGAGGAUAGAGCUUUGGCUAAAUGCUGAUUUAAUUUUUCAUUUAAUUGAAUGUUGAAUUUGUUGAUCCAGGCUACCCUUCUGAAGGGUUUUCUGUUAGGAUGGCCCUUGGGCAGUGAUGGUGAAAACAGAAGAGGAGGGCAUUUUUUUUUUCCCUCCUCACAGAGCCAUUUGGAUAAAAUCACAGAGCUUUUAAUUGCAUUUUUCCCAAAUGAGACUUUUGGAAAACUUAAGUCCAAGGGAAGAAAGCGUGUUUCAUGUGAUGGUCAGGAUCUCUUCAGAGGCUUACGAUGUUGAAUGUAAGAUGGAAAUGGGUCUCCAAGUUCCAUUGGGGUACUGAGUGUCCCCCUAAUUGGCCUAGUUCCCUGUUGUCUUCCAGGAUGUUGCGUUUGAGUCAGUGAGAAGACUGAACCAGGAAGGCAUUCCUGAUCAAAAGAAUGGCUCAUUGCAGAUGUAGAUUGCCCUGUGGGGUGGCUCUCACAUCAACCUAGAGCUUUGAGGGGAGAAAGGAGUGUCAAACACCAGUUCUCUCUAGACAUGUUGAAUGUCAACACUUCUUCCCUGAGAGAGUAAGACAUUUAUCACCACGGUAUUUCAGCUACAAGCUGUUCUUACAUAGCUUGUGCUUGCUACACUGGUCAACUUCAUCCUUAGAUAAAGAAUGCAUACUCCCCUUGAUGUCAAAAAUGUGUUUCCCAGUUUUAAAGCAUAGAUUCCUUUCUAUUUUUGGCCCCCUUCUUAGAAGUGAAAGGAACAAUGAUGGGAGAUCUUUUCGGUGUGGGGCCCAGCAAGAAAUAGACAUGCAUGUGUGUUGCAUGCUGGAUUUUUUUAAUUAUUAUUAUUGAUUUAAUUGUGUAGCUUUUCCCAAAAUGGCUGUCAGGUAAACACCUGCAUCAUUUUGGCAAAGUCCUCUUUGGAGUGGGAUCCUCAAGCAGGAUCUUGGAAUUGCAUUUCAUUGUUGUCUGCCCAGAGCUUGGGUCUAUGCUAUAGGACACAACACUAAUAGAAGGUACCUCACCCAUGACAGUGUGGAGGCAGACACAGGAUCCAUGGGAAAGUGCAAUGGAUUUAAGGAGAAUGCUCCAAGUGGGUUUGGAGCCAUUCUGUAACUCCUUGAAAACAAGACUACCUCGGAGAUAUUUAGGAUGACUUGUGUGUCAUCAAGUGAAAAAUACCCAGUAUGGGAACACUUCCAGUUUGUGUCUUGAUUGUUCUCCUUUCUGCAGGUUCUUUAGAGCCUACCAAUCACCACUGCAUGAAGGCUUUGAAACUCAAGAGGGGAUUUUUUUUUUAAUUGAUAAGAGGUGCCUAUCUAUAAAGAGCCCUCUUGUGUUUUUAUUUAUUUAUUCAUUUAUUUAUAGAUUAAGCAUCUUCAGUGCUUCUUACCUCAAGUGCACUGACAAAGGAGCUUCCUGAACUUUCCCCACCAGGCCAGAUGCUGCUGUGGUCUUUGCCCUCAACAGGACCAUGCAUCUCAGGACUGCGAGUGACCUCUGACUUUGCUGUAAAUGCCCUGGCUCUCCAUUCACAUGGGGAGCAGUGUUCAUGUGUGUGUGGUCCCGAUCUGAGAAGCCACUCCCAAGCCACGCACUGAGGCAAAAGAUAAAAUGGGCCAUGAAGAACUCUCAGUUCUUGAGGAAGACCCUCCAUAAGACAGCUUAAACGAAGGCACUAGAAAGAAAACUGGACACAGGAAUGUGUACACUAUGAUGCUCCUCAGAACUGUCUGAAAAUCCCUAAGGAUGUAUCAGCUUCUGGGUUCUUAAGGAGGAAAGAUAAACAUGCAAUCCUGGAUGGAUGUUGCACAGAUAAUGGUUGUUGGACCACCUCCCAGUAGCUUCCCAUAUCUAUUCUUCAGUGUUCAUAACUGGAUUUGCAUGUUGCCUGCAGUGGGAGUUAUCCUAGGGGAGCUAAUAAAAGCACAUGCACUCCCCCUCCCCAACUCUUGGUCUUCCAACCUUUACUCUUCCUAAAGAGACUUAAGCCCUGACCUUUAGCGUCCACAGCUCAAGGAGGUCACAACACAAACGCCUCUGGGAAAAUCUGGUUUAACUUUUCAUUUUCUUACAUUUCAACCCCUCCCUAAAGAGGCUUCCGGGAUUUUAUUGUCAAACUCUUUAGGGCCUUCUCUGGAAAAGAGUAAGAAAGUGAGUGCCCUCACUUUCUCAAUUUUCCUUCAAUUCUAAUAUUAAACUCCAGUGACAAGCUCUGAAACCCCUGGCCUACCCCUCAGGGUUUUAUUUGUUGUUAUUGUUUCAGUUUGGUCUUAUUUUUUAAUUCUUGGUUAAUUGCUAGGGACUACAUUAGUUAAACCCUUCUUUAACCCUUUGUUACUUGGCAAAGAGAUAAGGAGGCAAGAGGAGAAUUCUUCUUCUCUGUUUUAUUGGAGCCUCAGCUUUGACCAGGUGCUCGGUGCUAUGAGGCCAGGUGUGUGACAGGUACCCGCACAGGAUGCCAGGGACACCCAAUGGCUGCUGACUGUUCAGUGAAAUGUUUACUUGAUUUUCUCCUUUAGUUUUAAAAUAUGUAAUUGCGCUUGGGCCGUACCAUUUAAGUGCACCUCAGUGUUUGCAUGAUAAGAGAAAAGUCGUAGAGCAUAACACAAAAAGCACAGAAAACCAGUACCAAGGUCAGAUGCAUGGAGUCCUGCUCUGCGUGGUGAGUGCCGGUGCUCACUCCAUCACGCUGCUGUGGGUUGCCAUUCUGGCUUACAUCUUGAAAUUCUGUGCUGGAGUUCUGGGAGAUAGAAGGAGGAUUAUUUACAAUUCACCCUUGAUAAACACCCUUGAACUGGCAGAAUCUCUGCCUCAAGAAAGACUUGCUCAACAUCUUGUAAGAGAUGUGUGCAUUCUGCUCCUUGACCUAAAGCCAAGCAACAGAUGCAGUGAUGGGACAGAGGCGAAAUAGACUUUAGUUCUAUGACUCAUUCCAUAACUGCCAACAAUGAAAAUGGUGACCCAACCAUAUCACUUAUUCUCACAGUUCCAGGAACCUUUCAGAUCAAACAAGGCUAUCAUAUUUGCUCAGAAUUACUUCAAGAUCAACUAAAAACCCUACUUGAUUGAGCCAUACAGGGCUUUAGGAUUUGGGGCCAUAGUUAUUCUGAAAAGUAGACUGAGUUUUUCAUGAGCUCCCUGGACCGUUUGCCACCUGGUCACAUUUCCAUGGCAUUGUGGCAAAGGGGACCAUCACAGGUUUCAAUUAAAGAUUAGAGCAGUGUUUAAAGGCUUAAACUUGGAGUCUAUUAGAGUUACCACUGUGGUUUCAUGGACACAGAAGGUACACUUAGGAUUGGAGACAGAGGUCAAGGUAGAAUUGAUGGAAUGAUAAAUUCUUGAGGAUUAAAUUUUAAAUGAAUGGCAGAUCUAAAAGGAUCAUGCCAAAAAAUAUAUUUGUUGUAUUAGCCUGUCAAGUAAUUUAGUUAUUUUCCUUAGUGCUGAGUCCAGACCCCUGAAUCCUUGAGAGCAGUUAAGUCACAGUCCAAAAACAGAAUUUUACAUAAACUCAAAGAAAAGCACAAGAUCUGAGCCCAGGUAAGGAUCUAUCCUUGUUCUUCUUUCAUGACCUCAUAUUCACAUCACAAAGUUUACGUUUCUGUUCAAGAAGGUAACGUAGUGGAGGAUUCUGGAAUUAAAUGCAGUUUUGUGUGACAGGAUUUUCUAUUUCUGUUUUUCUGAAUCUGACCAUAAGAAAGUGCUCCCCACGGAGACAUUACACCCCAGCCAGAAGCUUACCGCAAAGCUAAAAGUGGGGAAACAGAAGAGAUGAAGAUUGAAAUGAAACCACCUGUUUUUCUGGGAAGCAAAAGGGCUACACAAACCCAGACCAUCUGACAGUAUUAGUUUGUGGCACAGUUGAUGUUCUGUAAUGUUCUUUAUGGGCUAACUGCAGAUUUUUACUGUUAGGCUCUGGGAAACAGAACAGGCGAAUGAACAGGGCACAGCCACAAGAACCUCCCCCGCCCCUUCACUCCACCCCACCCCCUCCCGUGGCUGAGCAAGGAAGUGACCCUGUGCUAAAUCUGCCUUGGUUCUUUCAUCUGGAAUAAAGAUGCCAUCUGUCGCUUUAGUGCUGCUUUGCAAACCUUAGUCGCAAACUAUCAGGCCCCUAAGGAUGAGGUUAAAUGCCUUAUAUUAAGGGGGUGUACAGUUGUGGUAAUUCUUCCCUGUGUGGCAUGUGUGCAGAAAUGCUACUUGGGUUCGUGUCUCAAAGGUGUAGUGCAGGAUCUCAGAACUUGUCCAACAGUGGCGCUUUUAGUGAUGCCUAUAAUGAGAUGAGCAGGCCUGAAAGAAACUUGCUGACAUGUAUGUGAGCCGCUGAGAGGUGGAUUUUCCCAAAUACACAAAUAGAAAUUCAUUAACACCCAAAUACUCGAAUAGAAGUUGAUAACAACUCCAAACUGACAGGAAGUUUGUUUUGUAUGGCAUAGUACAUAGUUGUCCCUCCAAAUUCCACUAACUUUCCAGUAUACCAUGGCCCUCUGCCUCAGAGUGCUUCCUGGCAUUUGCCACCAUGGCUUUGUUACUCACAAAUGUUGCCUUGGAUCACACAGGAGUGAACUGCUUGGGUGAUAAGUGAUUUGGCUGGAAAUUUUACCCUUAAUUUCAAAUGAUACUGAACAGCUCUUUACUGCCCCAAGGGAAUCCACUAUCUCCUUAACCUCUGGCUUCUCCAACUUCCUACUAGAAAUAGUGACACUAAUGUUACUAUAUCACCAAAUUGGUCCUAACCCACAGGACACAAUACACAAUUCUACUGAAAUAGCAUAAUCUUAGACAUUGUGAAAAGGCUGUAAGGGAACUCUCCCUAUUCUUCAAUGGAUUCUAGUCUUUUCUCCAGCAAAACUUGUUCUUAGCACUUUUCAAAUCCAUUUCUAAGCCACAUAGUUUGGAUGAAAUGUUUUUCUUCUCUUCACUGGGAAUUUAAUCCCAUAGUCUAUUGAGGCAACCCCAUCAAUAGUCUAGAGGCUUUUUCCACCUCAUUCCUUGUCUACUCCUUCACAGGAUACCAGUUUCUCCUCUUGUCUCCUGGCCAUGCUUUAUCAUUUGUUGAUUACUAUUAAUCACAGGAUGCAGGCAGAACUACAAUAAAAGGCACAUACAUUCAAUGAUGCGCAAAUACACUCUUAUCACAGUGGUUUUUGCUCCUUACUCUUCUCAAAUGCAUUAUUCUGCCUCCCUCCCCACUCCCAUCCAGUCACUAGAACUAUACCUGAUUGGAGCCCAGAACUUGGGGCCAGUACUUCAUUCAGAUAGCAGCUUUGAGCUUUGAGCCCAAUGAGAAGCACAGCACUUUGAAAAGUCAAAUAGGCCUUUGGUAGCUUUGUACAUUCUCAGCUUUACAGUUUUUAUUAGUUUAUACCACUAAUAACACUUCAGUCAUGAAUCUAUAAUAUCAAUAUGGGAAAUCUUAGUACAUAUUCUAGAGACAGUGGUACCUUGCUGCUAUUAUACUUAAUAAUUUACACCCCAAUUAAUAAGUAUUACAUACAGAUUGUGUAUGCAUUAUUAUAUUGUAUAUGCAUAUAUACAUUGUAGAUAUGCCAACUGUAAUACUUAACCUCGCUGAUCAGCACUAGAAAAUACAGUAGUUCCCCCUUAUCCAUGGGGGAUGCUUGAAACCGCAGGAUAGUACUGAACCCUAUAUAUACUGUG